UGUUCUGUAACAGAGGACUUUGGUUACCUAUAUAAAGCUCUUUACUUGCUGUUUCAAUUUUCUCAUCUAAGUUUAUUGAAAAUCAAAUUCAUUCUUCUUCUUUUUUUCUUUCUCUCUUUGUAUUUGCAAUGGUGAUGAUGAAUAAGAUGUUGUCGCAUCGUUUGUUCAAUAUGUCAAAAAUGGGGUCGCAGGGUUUAAUGAACUGUCGUAUCUCGUCUUCUUCGUUAUCCGUGAGAACUAGGGUUCCUAAUGAUCUAGGAGAAGCCACGAUUGAUCCAGAGCCUGGUGAUUUGAAGAUUUCUCGGAGGUUUUUGCACAAAGACUCCAUGAGUCGGGUGGAUAGUGGUACUAUGAAGAUGUCGAUUGGGGAGGGUUUGAUUGAGAAACUUCGAGAAAUGGAUGUGAACAAGGACCGGAUUCGAUUAGACGGGCUUUCUCAUCAUCGGAUGGUGGAGAAGGAGAAGGAGGAGACGGAGUCGUUGGGGCUUACGGUGCAAGACGUUAAGAAGUUGCUAAGAGCAUCAGAGAUCGAAGUUGUCAAAACGAAGCUUUUGGAGACCGGGAAAAUAUGGAUUCGUUACUCUGAUUUCGUACGUGUUUGUAGUGAUUCUUCGUUGGAUCCUUCUCAAGGACCUUGGAUCGCUAAGAUGCUUGACGAUUCUGGAAGUGUCAUCGUUUUGGGAGAUUCUGUUUGUUUAAGACCUGAUCAGGAGAUUCAGAAACCUCUGUGUCACCUAGAGGCACGUAGGAGGGUCCCCAGUUUUGAGGUAACCAAGUCCAUCGAGGGCCUGCUUCCUUUACCACAGAUCCGUAACCCAAAUGACCCAAGAAGAAAAGAACUAAAAGAGCUUGAAGCCAUGAAGACGGUCAUCGACGAGAAAGCACAUUCUUUGGUGAGAAGAGAGCUUUGGGCUGGUCUAGGUUACUUGAUCAUCCAGACCGCAGGGUUCAUGAGGCUAACGUUCUGGGAUCUCACAUGGGAUGUUAUGGAGCCAAUCUGUUUCUAUGUCACAUCGUUAUAUUUCAUGGCGGGUUACACUUUUUUCCUCAAGACAUCGAGGGAGCCUUCCUUUGAAGGGUUUUACCAAAGCAGGUUUGAGGCUAGACAGAGGAAACUGAUGAAAACUCAGGAUUUUGAUGUUGGGAGGUACGAUGAGCUGAAGAAGCUGUUUAAUCCCAAACCUUCUGCUGCUGUUUCCAAGAUUCUUGGAACUCUACACAAUUGAUUUUUUUGGUGUUUCAUUCUCCUACCUAACCUGAGGAAGAUAAAACUGACCCCAAAAUUGUGUACAACAAUAAUUUUGAUAAUUACAUAAUCUUUCUAGGUAAAUAAACCAAAAAAAAAAGGUUCUAAUAGUGCGGCUUAUGUAAUUUCGAAGAGUAGAUAAAAAGAAUCAUUUGUAAUGUACUGCUGUAAUAAACCUCUAUCAUAUAUCAAACCCCCUUAUGUAUAAAUUAUGUAUUCGUUCGUUGUGUUCUUAUAAAAACCAAGUAUAUAUCCGUUUUC